AUGGCUCCGUUGCUGAGUCCGUCAGUGGUGGGAGAGGAGUUAUAUUUAUACUUAGCAGUAACCCCGCAUGUCGUGAGCUCAGCAUUGAUAAGAGAAGAAGAUAAAGUUCAAAGACCUGUGUACUAUACGAGUAAGGCAUUGAGGGGAGCGGAAGGACGGUAUCCACAAAUGGAGAAAUUAGCCUUCGCAUUGAUCAUCGCUUCCAGGAAGCUGAUACAUUAUUUCCAAGCACAUGUCAUUAAUGUCAUGACAGAUCAUCCGCUCAAGAAGGUAAUGAAUAGACUGGAAGUUACAGGACGAUUGAUUCAGUGGGCUGUAGAGCUCAGUGAGUUUGACAUUGGAUAUCAACCAAGGCAUGCCAUAAAAGCUCAAGCACUAGCAGAUUUCAUUGCGGAGUUUACCCCAAGUCAUGAUGAGACAGAAGACAGUAAGAGAUGGGUCGUCCAUGUGGAUGGUUCGUCUACACGGCAUGCAGGUGGAAUUGGUGUGGUCCUACAAUCCUCGGAAGGAGACAAACUGAAACAUAAGGUUCGUCUACAGUACCAAGCAACUAACAAUGAAGUCGAGUAUGAAGCCCUUCUCAAAGGGCUAGAAUUGGCUAAGUCUGUGGAAGCCAAGUCUAUACUCAUCCUGGGGGAUUCUCAGUUGAUCAUAGGGCAAGUAAAUGGGAUGUAUGAAGCGAAGGAAGAACGGAUGAGGAAAUACCUUAGUAGGGUGAUGCGCUUUAUGAAAAGAUUUGAAAAAGCUGACUUUAUUCAAAUCUCGAGGGAGGAGAACGUGGAAGCUGACACCAUAGCAAAAGAAGCCUUAGCGAAUGAAUCAAUGGACGAAUCUGAUGAAGUACAGUAUAUGCCAAGUAUAGACAUCCCGGAAGUACAACAGGUGGAUAGCAGAGGAAAUUGGAUGACCCUAAUUAUAUCAUACUUGAAAGACGGACGACUACCAGAAGAGAAGGACGAAGCCAGGAGGUUGAGGGUGAGAUCGGUUAGGUACGUUCUUAUGGACGAAGUACUAUACAAGAGAGGCUUUUCUCAACCUUAUCUUAGGUGCUUGGCUCCAGACGAAGCAAACUACGUACUGAGAGAAGUUCAUGAAGGAGUAUGUGGCAAUCAUUUAGGAGCCAGGUCACUUGUCUACAAGGUCGUUCGUGCAGGGUAUUACUGGCCAAAUAUGCAAGCUGAUGCUAAAGCAUACAUUAAGGUUUGCGACCAGUGCCAAAGGUUUAGUAACGUCCCCAAACAACCAUCAGAGUACCUCCCCGAUGGUGGCGCCGUGGCCCUUUGCACAAUGGGGACUAGACAUUUUGGGUCCUUUCCCUCUGGGCACAAGGCAGAUGAAGUUUCUAGUCGUGGGCAUCGAUUAUUUCACUAA